UAUACAUGACUCAGUUUGGUUCGAUGAAAACGAAGAAUCAGUUGCUCGAUCAAGUCAUGAUCAGAGUUCCGAUGAAAUCGACCGUGUUUCGAGUCGAGAGAACCCCGAGACGCUACUUGCCUGAUGCCCCGGGGUAUGCAACGUUUAGAACAAGCAAAGGGAAUUUUUUACUUAGAAGGAUGAACAAGCUAGGGAAGAAAGCUGAUAGUUUCGCACACGGAAUCCGAGAGCAUGUGAGAUUGGGGCCAAAGAUCAGUGAAACAGUGAAGGGAAAAUUGAGUUUGGGGGCAAGGAUUCUUCAAGGAGGAGGGGUGGAGAAAGUUUUCAAACAAUUGUUUAGUUUUGGAGACGGAGAGAAGCUGGUUAAGGCUUGCCAAUGCUAUUUUUCAACAACAUCAGGUCCCAUAGCUGGCCUGCUUUUCAUCUCCUCUGCAAAGGUGGCCUUUUGCAGCGAUAGAACCAUCAAAAUUUCUUCUCCAAAUGGAGAAUUUCUCAGAGUACAUUACAAGGUUUUGAUCCCUCUCGAGAAAAUAAAGGGAGUGAACGAAAGUGAAAACGUGAAGAAACCAUGGCAGAAGUACAUGGAAAUCGUCACGGUCGAUGGUUUCGAUUUCUGGUUCAUGGGGUUCUUGAAUUAUCAGAAAGCUUUCAAGUAUAUCCAGCAGGCAAUGUCCCGGGGACGAGAAGAUGUAUAAGUCACUUCCUAGGCGGCUUGUAGCUACGAAUGUUAAUGCCCAGUUUUCAUCAUGCUGUUACUGUUGAUGAAAGGAGGAAGUCUAAGAAAUGUAAACAAGUUUUUGUUGAUUCAAAAAUAUUCUCCUCAAUUCUUCAA